CAACGAGGAGUACUGAAAUACGAUGCACCAGAUUUCGUCAUAGGUGGUGUCGCAGUAUCAACUAUCGUGAAUGGCUGCCUGCCUCCAAGGUGGUUUUGUCCCUUUUGACACCAAGUAGCACCUUUGGCCGCCUACUCUCUCUCUCUCUCUGAAAUUUCCAGCUACUUUCUGUGGCACAAGUCGCGUCCCUCUUUUGGAUUCUUCUUUUAUCUUCCUCUCUUAUAUAUUGUCAGCUGCUCGAUAGGAAAAAGGAUAUCGAAAAGCCAACUUUGCGGGAUUGCGAAUUCAUUUUCAACUCUAGGAUUCCUAAAAAAAUGAGAUGAUUGAAAGAAGUUGGAGAUAUUGGUGCUGAAAUUUGUAGCCAAGUACGGGCUCUUGUAAUUUGACUCAAUGGAGCAGCACCUUAUGAUGGUUGAUGACACAUUGGGCGACAGUUCAGAUAUAGAAGUUGACGACAUAAGGUGUGAAAACAUAGCAGAGAAAGAUGUUAGUGAUGAAGAGAUUGAAGCAGAAGAAUUGGAGAAGCGGAUGUGGAAAGACCGUAUCAGACUCAAAAGGAUUAAGGAAAGACAAAAACUUGCAGUGCAGCAAGCUGCAGACAAGCAGAAGGCAAAGUCGACCACCGAUCUGGCUCAGCGGAAGAAGAUGUCUAGAGCACAAGAUGGCAUUCUCAAGUAUAUGCUGAAGCUAAUGGAUGUGUGCAAAGCUCGUGGAUUUGUGUAUGGUAUCAUUCCUGAGAAGGGUAAGCCAGUGAGUGGUGCUUCAGAUAACAUUAGAGCUUGGUGGAAAGAAAAGGUGAAGUUUGAUAAGAAUGGGCCAGCAGCCAUAGCCAAGUAUGAAGCUGAGUGCCUUGCCAUGAGUGAGGCAGAUGAUAUACGAAAUGGGAACUCUCAAAGCAUUCUCCAAGAUCUGCAAGAUGCAACUCUCGGAUCGCUUUUAUCUUCUUUGAUGCAACACUGUGACCCCCCUCAAAGGAAGUUCCCGCUAGAUAACGGACUUGCGCCUCCUUGGUGGCCAACUGGAAAUGAAGAUUGGUGGGUGAAAUUAGCAUUGCCCCAUGGUCAAAGCCCUCCUUAUAAGAAACCACAUGAUUUAAAGAAGAUGUGGAAAGUUGGAGUGUUAACAGCUGUAAUAAAGCAUAUGUCUCCUGAUAUUGCAAAGAUAAGGAGGCACGUCCGCCAGUCAAAGUGCUUACAGGAUAAGAUGACAGCCAAGGAGAGUGCAAUAUGGUUGGGAGUUUUAAGCAGAGAGGAUGCCCUCAUUCAGCAGCCAAGUAGUGAUAAUGGGACAUCUAGUGUAACUGAUUUGCGACGUGGUGGUCAUGGUGGAAAUAAGCGAGCUGCAAUUAGUAGUGAUAGUGACUAUGAUAUAGAUGGCGUUGGCGAUGGUGUUGGUUCUGUUUCAUCUAAAGAUGAUCGGAGAAAUCAACUGACAGAUGUAGAAACUUCAGACAAUCAACGCAAUACUACUCCUCUCCAAGAUAAAGAUACAGGGGAAAAACAAAAUAGGAGAAAAAGAGGCCGUUUCAGAUCAAAAUUUGCUGAUCAAUUGCCUGCAACGUCUCACAAUGAACAUCCACAUAUCGAGCCAAGAAUCACUGUGCCUGAUGUAAACCACACUGACGGGCAGUUGGUUGGAUUCCAGACCGAUGGUGAUCAGCAGGAAGAUGAUACAAUGACAGAUUUGAGGCCCCUGGAGAAAAAUAUUGGCCAACUCCAGUUACCUGCGUCUGAGUUGAAUCAUUUCUCUUCUCUACCUUCUGAAAAUGUAGUUUCCACACAGAGCAUGCAUGUGGAUGGGAGGCCUUUGCUUUAUCCUAUGGCGCAAAACACAGAGAUGCAUCAUGGAACUGCUGGCAACUUUUAUAGUCCAUUGGUGCAAUACGGGAACACUCAUGACUGGCAGCAGUCGCAGAUUCCGAUGAAUGAACUUCAAAUUAGGCCAGAGGAAUUUGGAGUCCAUGCACCAACACACAGAAGUGCAAAUGAGAUUCCUGUUGGAGAUUUGCACUACCAUGUAAAGCACACGUUUAACAAUGAGCAACAUCAACAUAUUGAUCCGCAGUUUGGGUCUGCCAUUGAUAGCCUGUCAUUAGACUGUGGAGGAUUGAACAGCCCCUUCGAUUUUGGAAUUGAUGGCAUAAGUCAAUUUGAUGACUUUUUACGUGACGAAGAUUUGAUCGAAUGCUUUGGUGCUUAAUUACAGCAGAUAACUAUACUUCAGAGCUUAGAUUGUAAGUGAUGUUUCUAUGGCUAACAUGCAUCUGACUUCAGUACUCGCUUAAAGGAUUUUGCCUUGCGACUCUUGUUUUGAUCCUAUUUAUUUAUUUAUUAUUUUCGCAUUUGGAGGAGGAUUGCUACCCAAUGUUCAUCGCCUUGCAUCUAUCUGGAGAGUCCUUCAUCCAUCAGAGAGGAUUUGUAGAGGUGGAAGGGCUUUUGUAAUUUCAUUAAAAAAAUUUACGUCCUGAUUAGUAAAUAAAACAAGGAAUGAAGAACA